AAUUUGGACUCUACUAACGUUAUGUCGUAUAGAAUGUAAACAGAACAGUCACAAGAGUGGAGCUGUUGCCGAUCUGUUUCACAUCAAAUUUUCCAAUUUGCGUUACCGACACCACGCGCACUAAGGAUUAUUUCAUCACUUGUACUAUCCAGAUCCAUAAACUCCGUGUGACAGCGAUGGCAGAAAGACGUAAAUCGCAGAUCACCCAGGAGCUAAUCGAAAAUUUUCGCCAGCAGGAUUCUGCUGCUCGACCGCGGGUCGGUAUAAGCACACAUAACUUCCUCGGGAACACAAGCACGUCAUGCAUGGACGAGACCAUCCACGUGACCAAAAAAUUGCUGUUUGAUGGGUCAAUGGCGAGCAAUACUUCGUUCAGUGUGCCCACUGACCAACUACUUCGCAGUGCUACCAAGAGGAAAAGCGUUACCCUAGACGGAGGUGAUUUCCAAUCUCCAAUCAAGAGAGUUCCAACUACUCCAGGUGGUGGAAUCGAUUGGUCUCCAGUUUGCAGGGAGCAAAGAAAAACCCUUGUUGAGUCACUUGACUCGAGAAUCAACGACCUUCAAGCCAUGGCAAUGAAACAGCAGUCAUUCAAGAAGCAAAUGCUUGAAGUUAUUGAUACAGAGAAAAUGCUGUUGAAUCGUCAGAAAGAAAAGGACAAACUAAUUGUCAAAAAUAUGCAGGAACAGUUGGAGAGCAUGCGGAAAAAGAAGGAGGAAACUGAGGAUGCUCUGCUGGCUGCAGAAAGUAUGCUAAGGGAACAGAAAUUUAAAGCUGAACAGGAGAAGUGCAACUGGCAGAGAGACUACUCUAGUCUGGAAAACAAGCACAGUGAAUUGGUUUCUCAGCACCAAAUCAUGGAGAGCGGUUUGAAGCACAAAAUCAGCAUGCUAGAAUUGGACCUGAAAACAACCAAUUCCAUCAAUCAGGAGCUGCAAACCCACUUGUCAUGCCUGCAAGAUGAAGUGAAGGAAAUGAGAGAGGUGCGAAUUCAGGAACAGGCUUACCGUGAGCAGCUUGAGCUGAAAGAGUUACGCAUCCGGGGUUUGGAGGAGGAACUGGCAUCAAAGCGAGAUUCUCUCCGCAUCGAAAGGCAGUCAGCAAGUGCAAACGCUUCCACGAGCAGGAAGAACCUGGAAUUGGAGGAGCAGUUGGUUCAGACCAAGGAGCUUCUCAGGGGAAAACUGCUGCUGGAGGAGAGGGUCAACUCUUUGCAGGAACAGGCCAGCAAGGUCGACCAGCUGACGCAGAAGUGUGCAACCUACGAACAGCUGCUGAAGACAAAGGAUUCCGAAUUGAAGGAGUGGCAUGCGCUGGCAAUCAACUCGGUGAGUGAAAGCAACAAUGAGCAUCUGUCCGCGCGAAAUGUGUCAACAACUAUUCAAAAUCUCGAGCAAUCAUCUCUUGUGCUCCGUUCUAAUCUUUCUGAGGCUGUGUCACAGCUUAAAUCUGCCAAACGUGAAAAGGAGGCAGUAGAGGCGGUCUUGCGCAAUGAGCAGGAGAGGCGCAUGACCAUCGAGUCCUCUGCUGUAGCUCAAGCGGCCACGCUCAGAAAGAUGGAGAGGAAGUUGCAGUUAAUUGUACAGGAGCGAGACAGUAUCCAGCAAGUUUUGUCAGCUUAUGAAGGCGACAUGACCACUAUUCCAAAUCAAAUGCAGAUCCUGCAGCAGAAGAGAAUCGAAAGUGCUGAACGGUCUGCUAAGGAGAUGAGAGAAAUGGUGCAGAAAAUGGAACAAGAGUUGGCUCAGUAUAAAAUGGGAAAUGCCAACCCUGCCAAUAGAGAGUUCACAGCAUUGCAAGAAAAGCUGCAGUUGGCUGAGAAUGAGUUGCACAAGGCAAAGGCUCGUGCUGUUGCUCUGGAAGAGACAAACGAAAGGCUUGAAAUGCUUUUGGAGCGUCGAGCUCUUCGAGGCGACUAUGAUCCUGCUCAGACAAAGGUGAUGCACUUCCGCAUGAAUCCCAUGGCACAGGAUGACGCUAAGAAGGCUGACGAAAUAAAGAGGCUUAAAGAGGACAACGACAAGUUGAGGGAGAAGGUCAAGCUGCUGCGCUCCAAGGAGUCCUCGUCCAUGCUGAAUGUGACAGCUGCCGCGGAUGAGAACUUCCACAUUGAGAGCAACAAGCAAAUAGGAGAGCUGCAAAACAAGUUGAAAUCCACUGAGCUGCACAACACCAGGCUGAAAGAGGCCUUCAAGAAGACAAGCCAGAAUUUCCGCCAGGCCCUUUACCUCAUCUUGGGCUACAAAAUGGAUGGCUGCAAAGAUGGCACAUACAAGCUAACAAGCAUGUAUUCUGACUCAAACGAUCAUCUGCUGUUCAAGGUGAAGGAAGAUGACACCGUCGAAAUGCUUGAAACCCCUUUCGCGGAGACAAUUCAAGAGUUGAUCAGACUGCACCUUAAUGAGCAAGGCAGCAUCCCUGCUUUUCUUAGUGCCCUCACUUUAGACCUCUUCAGCCAACAGAGCUUUGCAUCUUAAUUUUGUAUUAGACCGUAGGAAAAUUUCUUCAAUUUUGUAAUUAUGAAAAAUAUAUUAUGUGCCUAAAUCCUUACAAAUAUUGUAUACAGCUGUAGCUGUUUGUGAGAUUGAAUUAAAGUUGUUUCAUCAAAUAAAUCGAGAGCCCUUAAUCAUGCUCUUUUUGGUA